ACUGCGGGGACAGUACAGAUGACUGCUGACUUUUGGGGAGGGGGGGAGCACGGGGUACCUGAAUUUGACAGGUACCCGCUCUUACUUCCUCGAGAGUUGUUCUUUAUCUUACCUGUUCCUCGAUCCAGCUGCGCGCUGUCUUCCCGGCUUCUGUAAUGGCGCUCGGCAUGACAGCCGGGUGCGAGAGAAUGACUUGCGCAUGAGCGAGAAGCACUUGCGCUUUGUGAUUGGUCCGGCGGCUUCUGGGAUCGGUCAUGUGUCCCAGGUACCGCCUUACCAUUCACAAAAAGCACCGCUUCUUGCGCAUGCGCACUGGGCACCCGGCUGUCAUGCCCAGUGCCCACACUACAGAAGCCGGGAAGACAGUGCGCCGCUGGAUAGAGGAACAGGUAAGAUA